AGAGUCCAAACCUGUUCCCUGUGCACUCGUCUCCAGGUAUCUGCUUGAAGCUCAUCUGCACCUUUGGCUCGGGUCCUCGUUUCCUGCAGAUAUGGCAAGAAUCUCCUUCGCAUUCGGACUGCUGUUCGUGGUGGUGCUGGCGGCGACAGCAGAGGCCGGCCCAGCAAGGGCUUCCCGCGGGGCUGGGGACUGUCCGCAAAUCUGCACGCUUGAAUACAACCCCGUGUGUGGGAGUGACGGCCAGAGCUAUUCCAACCCUUGCCAUCUCGAGGUGGCCAAGUGCUCGAACCCCGGACUUAGACAGGUGCCAUGUUAGAUGUAUCGAACGUGGAUCAAGUUGACUCUCAUUUCCCUUUCGGCGUUUUCUCUCUUUCUCUCUCUUUUCUUUCUCUUUCUCUCUCUUUGAUCCCUCCCCCCUCCAACAGGUUCUCUCCCCCAUUCCCCCUUUCCACAUACCCUCACUCGACUCCAAAUUCCACCCAAGCGCCGACUGCAAUCAACCCCAAGUCUCGAAAAGGUAUUUCAAGCAAUCUGAAAAAAAAUAUAUGAAUAAACAGGUGAAUAUAAAAAAUUAUAAAAGAAAAGAAAAAAUAUACGAAGAAAUGAACUGAGGCAAUCAUCCAUUCCCAACCCGGAUAUAAUAGAAGUAUUGUGUAAGAAUUGCCCUAUUGUAGCCAAUAAAACGAAUUAUGUUCUGAUUAUUAAAGCGAUUGGAUUAUUUA